AUGGUUGCCAUCGGCGAGAAGAGAGUUAAAAUCGUUAAGAAGCGUACCAACCGUUUCACCAGACAUGAAUCUGACAGAUACCACCGUGUAAGACCCAGCUGGAGAAAGCCAAAGGGUAUUGACAACAGAGUCCGCAGAAGAUUCAAGGGACAACGUGUUAUGCCCUCAAUUGGUUUCCGUAACGCCAAGGCCACCCGUGAUGUUCUCCCCAACGGCUUCAAGAAGGUUCUUGUGCACAACGCUAAGGUAAAUUUUGAUUUUUUGGUUGGUCUUUAGGUAAAUUACUGGAUUUUUGAAUAGUGUAAUGAUUUACGUAGUCGAUGCAUUAAUGUCAUUUUUUAACGCAGCGUUUUAACGAAAACUUUGAAAAUUAGGUGUUGCACUAUUUAAAUAUCCUUUUUAAUAUAUUUGAGAGAUUAUUCUUAUUAAUGUUUUAAAAGUAUAUGAAAAUUUAUAUUAUUAUCAAUUUUCAGGAAUUGGACAUGCUGCUGAUGCAAAACAAGUACUACUGCGGAGAGAUCGCUCACGCCGUCAGUGCCAAGACCAGAAAGCUAAUUGUUGAGCGAGCUCAGCAAUUGAACAUCAAGCUCACAAAUGGAAACGCUCGCCUUCGUACCGAAGAGAGCGAAUAA